GCUUAUAGAAAGGGAUCGCUGAUGGUAGGCAAAAAUAAUCAACAAAUAGGUAUUUGAGAAGCUUUGAGAUAGAUCAUAAUCAAAGGAAGAAACGGCUGGGAUAGCAAAAUCUCCAUUUAAUGCUUGAUUCUUAAAAACCCCUCUCUCCCUGUUCUCCCCUCUCUCCCUCCAAUUCCGUAUCUUCCCCCACUCCAAACUAUCCAUGUCUUCCUUUUCCUCCUCCCUGUUUGGCUUUUGGAUCUUCUCCUGAGGUGAAAGGCAAGACCUUGAAGAAAAGCUUCCACCUUUUGUCUUGCUGCUCUUUGAUGUGAUGGGGGACCAUUUUGUGAUUCUGGUGGACCGAUUGCUAACAGAGUCAACCCUUGGAGCUGCCAUUGAGAGUAUAAACCAAGGUGGGUCAAACACAAAAAUUGCUUCAUUGUCAGUUGCGAAUGAAGUCGACUCAACUCCGAACAAGAAAAUCAAUGCGAAUGGUACGUUCGAUGGUAAAUUGGUCGAAUGUCGAAUUUGCCAAGACGAGGAUGAGGAUACUAACAUGGAGAUCCCUUGCUCUUGCUGCGGAAGCUUAAAGUAUGCUCAUCGCAAGUGUGUGCAAAAGUGGUGUAAUGAGAAGGGUGACACCAAAUGUGAGAUAUGUCUGCAGCAAUUUAAACCAGGAUAUACUGCUCCUCCAAAGUUGUUUCUUUACGGGACUAGUCCUAUGAAUUUCAGGGGAAAUUGGGAAAUUUCGAGACAGGAUAUUCAGAGUCAUCAGUAUAUAGCAAUGACUCAAACUAAUCGAGUUUACCUCAGACCCAACUAUAAUGACUAUGCAACUUCUCACGAUCGAAGCAUUAUGUAUUGUCGUAUCGUUGCUGCUUCAUUCAUGGUCAUUUUGAUUCUACGCCAUUCUAUCCCUUUUAUGAUAAGUGGAACUGAGCAAUAUUCAAUCCCAUUUUUCACACUGUUGCUUUUGAGGAUUGCUGGCAUCGUAUUACCUCUGUACAUUAUAUUGAGAGCCAUUACCACAUUCUACCAAAGGCGACAACUACAUGAAAUGAAUGAAACUUCUGUUUCAGUAUCUCAAACGGAGAACGAGCAAUUGCACUCUUUGCAAGUGAUGCAAACCCGCCCAUAUCUUGUCCGCGUUCAUUAGCUAUCGUCUACUGGUAUCUUCUCUAGUGAGGCACGAGGAAAUUAAAGAGAUAAUGGAGAAACCCACAAGGGAUUCGAAAGAUUGCAAAAUGCUAAAUGUGCUAAAUGCUUAGUUUAUGUUUCAUACAUCUAGUGAGGUAAGGUUUGGUUGUCGUCCAAUACUUUAUAUAGGAGGUUCCAAGAAUUUGCUAGCAUACACAAAUAACAAGGGUAUUAGUGAAGUUAUAGAGUAUAAACCAAUAUAGCUCAAUGAUGGGAUAGAUCAUCCUAGAUAAUUAGGAGACAUCGGAAACAUGAUGUUGUACCUAAAAGAAGUUAGUUUGUAAUUAGUAGUUUUGUUGAUGUUGUCACUCUCUUCGUGUCAAAGAAGAUGUAGUGCAAAUUGUGUACAUGAUGAUUAUAUAGCAGAAUACACCCUUUCAAGUUUUUGGAUCUCUUA